AAGCCGGUAGCCGGAAGCCGGAAAGGGGGCUGUGAGGACGUGUUCCGAGGAAGCCAGGGCCGGACCCGGUGGGGCCGGCGACAUGGAGCCGCUGUACCAGCAAACGCACAAGCAGGUCCACGAGAUCCAGUCUCACAUGGGACGCCUGGAGACGGCGGACAAGCAGUCUCUGCACUUAGUAGAAAACGAAAUCCAAGCGAGCAUCGACCAGAUAUUCAGCCAUCUCGAACGUCUGGAGAUUCUGUCCAGCAAAGAGCCCCCUAACAAAAGACAGAACGCCAAACUUCGUGUUGACCAGUUAAAGUAUGAUGUCCAGCACCUGCAGACUGCUCUCAGAAACUUCCAGCACCGGCGCUACACAAGGGAGGAGCAGGAGAGACAGCGAGAGGAGCUUCUGUCUCGCACCUUCACCACUAACGACUCUGACACGGCCAUCCCAAUGGAUGACUCGCUGCAGCUCAACUCCUCCCUCCAGAAAAUUCACUACGGCAUGGACGACCUCAUUGGAGGCGGGCACAGUAUUCUGGAGGGACUGAGGGCCCAGAGACUGACCUUGAAGGGCACUCAGAAGAAGAUCCUUGACAUUGCCAACAUGUUGGGCUUGUCCAACACCGUGAUGCGGCUCAUCGAGAAGCGGGCUUUCCAGGACAAGUACCUCAUGAUCGGUGGGAUGCUGCUCACCUGUGUGGUCAUGUUCCUCGUGGUGCAGUACCUGACAUGAGCCAGGCCCGCCCACGGCUGAGCGCCGGUCCCACCCUGCGAGAGUCUGUGUGAGUGUGUGUGCGUGAAAGGGAGAGGGGGCCCCGAGGCUGCCCUCUGAAAUGUAUGCCCUUCUUCACUGUGAAGACCACUGGGAGUCAUUGUGAUCUGUAACCUAGCGGGAGUUUCAAGCCUGCUCUGUUUCCUGUAACACCCUGGAGGGAGUAGCGAGUGCUAGCUACCGAGAUGCUGCGUGGUGCUAAGGAAAUGAAAGAGUACCUUUUCUCUUCUCUCCUCUGCUCUGCUCUCCUCUCCUGUCCUCUCCUCUCUUCCCUCUCUCUCUCUCUCUCUCUCUCUCUCUCUCUCUCUCUCUCUCUCUCUCUCUCUCUCUCUCUCUGUGUCUCUCUCUCUUGGCCUCAUUGGGGGAGGAAGUGCUGUAAUGGUAGGGGAUGAGGAAGGAAGGGGGAGGGAAAGAACGGCUUUGCUGUUUUUGUCCACGUAGCUGAUGCUGGGCCGGGGAAGGCUUUCAUAGUGGGCCUUACAGGUAGGACUGUUCACUUUGGCAUCAUUUGACUUUUCCGUCUCCUAGUGGAUAACCAGGAGCAGAAGCCAAAAGAAGGAGAAAGUAGGCCGCCUUUUCCUGCAACCUUGUAACAAACGGAUUUCCACGCUCUUGCAUCCCCCACCCCGCCGUGACAUGGGGAUGACUAAUUGCUGAUACUUGUCACCCUUCCCUGGAAGCAGCUACCUAGAGGAAAAAGAGGCACUGAUGCUAUUGCAGACGGCAAGUAAGAUUUUCCACAUUAGGGUCGUUGGGUGUUUCUCCUUUCUAAAGUGAGGCCAGUAUUCUUCCCUGAGAGUGUUCCAUCUUGAGACUGAAGACCCUAAUCACUGACUUUUCUUUUCUCCCGUGGGUAACAGAAUGAUUGGCUUCUGCAGUUCUAGGCCUGGCCUGGCCCUCUCGCCCAGGCCUUGGUGGGCCUUUGCCCCUGAAAAAGUAGCUGUGAUGUCCGUUACAGCCUCUUUUCUAGUUUUCGUGUCUCUGAUCCUUUGCUCUCUUCCCUCCCCUGAAAUCUGCUGCAGCUGCCAGCCAAGCUCCCAUUCCGCCCAGCCGGUGUGGGCAGACACCAUGCUGGAGAUGUCCCGGGUGUCCUGUGAGUCUGUGAUAUCAGUGACCAGGACCCUUUUCCUUCUCUGACCAACCCCAGGCUGAGGCUGUGCCGGUACCUGGCACAUUGUGAAUUUACUGUAAAGCCAGCCUUUCAGUUGUGACUGAGCACUGCAAAUACCAGAAAGACCCAGUUAGCAUAUCUUUUCAUCUGCCUCAGGCCCUACAGCCGUAGGCUCAGUUGUCUUAUGGCAAGACAUAAAAUAAUCUCAGAAUUUCCCAGAACUGGAAACCUGGUCAGUAUUAAUUCCACCUCCAAUUGUUAUGCUCCACCCACUUCCUGUGUUUAUUCUUUGUCAUAUGGACUAUCUUGUGUCUUCUGUUCCUUUUCUGUGGGUGUUCGUUCCAUCUCCCUGUUUACUUCCCACCUAUUUCUGUAGCCAUAUUGGUCUUUUCUGGCAUAGCUUUUGGUGAAUGUUUCUUAAUUGUCAUAGAUUUUCAGCAGAGUUUCCUGGGUGCUGAUUUCACGCUUGGUGGGAUUGCCAUCGCUCCUGCCCCUCUGAGCUGAACAGGGGGCAUGGCUUCCCAAGGAAAGGGGAUCAGGAGGGCCUCGCCAGGGUGAGGACAGUGCCCUAAAGGGUACACGGAGGGGUCAAGGUGUCUUCAGACCUAGGUCUGACUUUGGGGAGGUGACAUCUUCAUCACCGUCUGCACCCCUGCCAGCACAGGAGUCUUAGCAGUCUGUACAGAGGGUUCCAUACGAUGGAUGUUUAAGUUGCACAGACCCGGUGGGCCUAUCCCCUGGGCAUCUGAGGAUCCUGCCAGAGAUUGUACUUCAGAGUUUGGAAUAUAAGGAGCAACUAAGCCAUGUGGACCUGAACUCUAGGGGGCAGAACCCACCCCCGAAGUACCCCGCCCUCCAUUGGCUGAUGUGAACUAUUUGUAGUGCAUUCUGGUAUAUUUCCACCCUUGUCUUUAUAGUGAUUGCUGGUCUUGAUGAACCAGGAGUAAGGCUUUGCACCCUGCUGUACCUUCAGAGGCAUUCUUUCAACUUUGUAAGAAAAGUUACUGAGGCA